AUGACGCAGCAGGAGCGAGACAAAACGUACCAGUCGGCAGUCCGUUUCUGCGAGCAGAAUCCCAAGGCAGUCUUGCCCAUCCUUGAUGAGGAUGAGAUCCACGACCUGCGGCGCAAGCAGCAGGUGGAGCAGCAACUGCGCAGAAUCUGUCGCGGGGAUGAUUCCCUGGCCGAGCGCAUCGGCAGUUUCGCUCGCCGGGUGGGGCUGGCAGAAAAGGAGGAGCAACUUGAUAUCUUCCUGGAGCUACUGUCUGACGUGGCAUCCACGACCUCUGGCUCUCGCCCGGUGAGUGAGGCAGAAUCUGCAGUGGCCAAAGUUGACAAAAACAUCUGCUGCUGGAGCACCGGCAAGCUCUACACCGAAGCCUUGCUCGGCGUGGGCGUCAGCCGAGAGCGUAAGAAUCUGGGAACAGCUGGUGAACUGCUCUCAAAAGAGGCCUUUGACGGUGGCCUUCGUCAGAACACCAACAAGUCAGCCUUCGAGUUCUUCCUGCCAGUGUGGAUCAACGAGGCGCAUGCGGCAGGGAGUGUCCAGUGGCGUGAGGAACUCAGCAAGCAAGUCUUGCAGAUUGGCAGGAAGGUGUUCGAGGUUGGCAACGAGGAUGCAGCAGCCAUGGAGGUGUUCCCGCGCCUCAUCAACCAGAUGAUCGUGGAGAUGAUGAGGCCGGACGCCGACAAGAGUGCGGCGAUUGCGACCUUCGAGGCGCUGUGCAACUUCUGGCGCACCUUCCGCUGGCUGGCUACCAAGGUCUCGAGGGAGAUUCUUAUGUUUCAGAUGGCUGUAGUGGACAUCGUCAUUGGGGAUGUGGCCAAAACUCUCCAUGACAUGGAGGAGACCAACUGCAAGCUGCCUGCACGCUUGGAGCACUUGCAGUCAGAAUGGCGCAAACGGAAGGAGUCCGUGGGUGAUUGGGCUGCCUACUACCGUUGCAUUGGCUCCGCUCAGCCCAGCUUUCCGAGCACAGCCGAGUGGAUUGCCAGUUGCGUCAGCCGAGCAUCAGUGAAGGGCCCGAAGUAUGGCUCCGGUGGUGGCAAAGGCGAGAAGGGCAAAGGCAAGGGUAAGGGCAAGGGCAAAUUUUGA